AUGUAGAAAAAAAGAACGAGAACUAGAACGCAAAUAUUAACAUUUCGCUUUAAAAAUAUAAAUUUGUCUAUAGCGUGCCGCUAGCGUUUUUUUGUUAUUCAAAAGGCAAAACACGUUCGGAUCAAAAUCAAUAAUCUGGUAGUGUGAUUUUCGCGGCUUUUUUGUGUUUUCAUUUAUAAAAAAAAGAAAAAACAAUCAAUACCCGAAGAAUGGGCACAGAAACCAAGAGCAACAGUUACACAGGACAGAUUUCAACAACCGGCGGCAACCCUAAAGUGAUGAAAGAUUCUUUAUCCUUAGUUCGUCAAACGGACAAACAACAGUCGAACCAAAUAAAUUUGACCUCGAAUUCGAAUUAUUCAACCGUACAGAACACGGGUGAUUCUCGACCAAAUCAAGAGGACCAAUCUACCAAAGAGGCGAUUGUUCCCUUUGUACCCAUAUUUGUUGAAGAAGCUGAUGUUAUUCAAGGUGCUAAGGACAUAUUGAAAGUUAUACGACCGACUUGGGACCUCACCCACGUUGAAUUUAAGAAAUUUACCGAUGGCAUAACAAAUAAACUUGUCGGCUGCUUUCAUAAUAGUUCUAAAUCCAGUAAUGAGUCUGAGGAAUCAUAUUUACCAGUUAACGUUCAGAGACUUUUGCACGUUCGAUCUGAGGACCCAGUUAUCAUUGAAGACGAAUUGGAGAGUAAUGCGGAAACGGGUCGCUUCCCUGUACAGUACUCCGAUAACGUAGUCCUCGUACGUGUUUAUGGAAAUAAAACGGACCUUCUAAUAGAUCGGAAAGCUGAAACGCAAAAUUUUCAAUUAUUGCAUACAUAUGGCCUGGCGCCAUCACUCUAUGCAACAUUUAAAAACGGCCUCGUCUACCAAUACGUACCUGGUAUCACCUUGAAUACAGAAAGUGUGCUAUGUCCAGAUAUUUGGCCACUGGUUGCUCGUCGCAUGGCUGAAAUGCAUCGCGUGGUGAGGAAGAAUGGAGAAGCUAAACCAUUGCCAAUGCUUUGGAAGAAAACUCAAAGCUUUCUUGAUUUAGUACCUGAACGAUUUAGUGAUGCUGAGAAACACAAAAGAGUGAAAGGAACCUUUUUACCUAUUUCUCGCCUGCGUGAAGAGUUCAAUAGCCUAUUCAAGUACUUGGAAGCAUUAGAGAGUCCCAUCGUAUUUUCUCACAACGACCUCCUAUUGGCCAACGUAGUCUACACAAAGAGCAUGAACACCGUGAACUUUAUCGACUAUGAAUACGCCGACUACAAUUUUCAAGCCUUUGAUAUUGGCAACCAUUUUGCAGAAAUGUGCGGAAUUGAUGAGGUCGACUAUACUCGCUAUCCAAAACGGGAAUUUCAACUAAAAUGGCUCCGCGUAUACCUUGAGAGUUACCUACAACGCAGUAAUAUAGAAAGCGAUGAAGUUGAAAAGCUCUAUAUACAGGUCAAUCAGUUCGCCCUAGCAGCACAUAUUUUCUGGACAGUGUGGUCUCUGUUACAAGCCGAGCAUUCCACUAUUGAUUUCGAUUAUGUUGAUUACGCAUUUCUUCGCUAUAAUGAGUACUUGGCUCGCAAAGAAGAGUUUUUGUCAUUGACUGCAUCAAAGGACAAAAAGUGAUUUCUCUCCCAAUGAUUUAAAAAUUCUGAGAAUGAAAAUGAUGUGCCCCAGUGAUAUAUGUAUAUACAUAUAUGAUUAACUUGUAUAUGUACUUAAAUUUUUAAAUUGAUAUUUAGAACACUAAUAAAACGAAGUACAUUAAACCUGAA